CCCCUUGAAGCAGCCGAGCUCUAGCCUUAACAAAUACACAGAAAACUUUGGCUGAAGAGAGAGUCGAUCGGAAGCAGAUGGAGAAAGACAGGGUUCUGAUCAUCGGAGCAACCGGCUAUAUCGGUCGAAGGCUAGUGAAGGCUAGCCUUGCUCUCGGCCACCCUACGUUUAUUCUCUAUCGAAAAGAGACGGUCUCAAACUUGGAUAAGUGCCAAAUGUUGAUGACAUUCAAGAUGGGUGGAGCUCAACUCAUUCAAGGUUCUUUUGAUGAUCAUGCUAGCUUGGUUUCCGCAUUGAAACUUGUUGAUGUGGUGGUGUCGUCGGUUGCAAGUGAUUGUAUUCUUGAGCAACUGAAGCUUAUUGAGGCUAUUAAGGAGGUUGGCACUAUUAAGAGGUACCUUCCAUCUGAGUUUGGAAUGGAUGUGGAUCGAAUGGAGCACGCAAUUCAUCCUGGAAAUCUGAUGUUCAUCGAUAAGCGCAAAGUUCGUCGAGCAGUUGAAGAAGCCAAGAUCCCUUUCACUUACAUCUCUCCAAAUUGUUUUGCUGGGAUUUUCCUCGCUGGUUUAUCUCAGCUAGCCACCUUCAUGCCUCCUAGAGAUCAUGUCUACAUCUACGGCCAAGGAGAUAAGAAAUGUAUAUUUGUCGACGAAAAAGAUGCUGCAAUGUACACGAUGAUGGCCAUCGAUGACUCUCGAACAUUGAAUAAGGUCCUCUAUAUUCGUCCUCCAACGAAUAUAUUGAGCCACAUGGAGAUUGUGAAGAUAUGGGAGAAGCAUAUCGGCAAGAAAUUGAAGAAGAAAUUCAUCUCGCCAGAGGAAUGGCUUUCCAUGAUGGAUAAGGUGCCACUAUUUGAACAAAUAGCUGUGGGUCAUUUGUACCAAAUAUUCUAUUGCGGUGAUUUGGAGUUUGAAGUGGAGGGGCCUCAUGGAGUUGACAGUAGCAAGCUCUAUCCAGAUUAUGAAUAUGUAACUGCAGAGGAAUAUCUCAGACGUUUUGUUUAGAAAUCACUUUCCAAUAUCCAUUAAUAGGAUAUUUGGAUAAUAAAGACUUAGCUGUUAUUAAUUGUGAAUUAACAUGGGAUUUAAUCGUUCGGAGAUUUAUUCAUAUAUUGUAUCAUCAAGUGUUUGGCGCACUUAAAACUUGCAUUCAGAAGUGUGAAGGUGAAUAAUUUUCAUUGGUAUU